AUGGCAGUGUGGGACCUGCGACCCCUGGACAUCCUGGCAGAGGUGGUCCCGUCGCAUGGCACCCCAGACGGAGUCAGGGUGGUGCAGGCGCAGGGGUCGUGGGGCCUUCAGCUCCAGGCCGCCACCCCCCACGCCCUGAGCUUCCCAGCAUCCAGGUUCUUCUUCAGAUGUGACCUCUUCCCUGAAGAAUUCUCCAUCGUCAUGACCUUGAAGCCCCCCCACCUCCCAGCCAAGAGGAACCAGUAUCUGCUCACCGUGCUGUCCCAGGACAGGGACGUCCUGCUGCUCGGCCUGCGCUACUCGGCCUCCCAGCUGCACUUCCUGUUCCUCAGCGAGGACGGCGCCUGGCAGACCCGCGUGUCCUUCCGCAGCCCCGCGCUCGCCGAUGGCCAGUGGCACACGCUGGUCCUGGCUGUGUCGGAAGGCUCCUUCUCGCUCACCACCGACUGUGGCCUCCCGAUGGACAUCGUAGCGGACGUGCCCUUUCCUGCCACCCUGUCGGUGCGAGGAGCCUGGUUCUUCGUUGGCAGCAGGAGACGAGCCAAGGGGCUGUUCACAGGCCUGGUGAGGCAGCUUGUCCUACUGCCAGGCUCGGACGCCACACCACAGCUGUGUCCCAGCAGGAAUGCUCAGCUGGCCGUGCUGUCCAUCCCACAGGUGCUACAGGACCCUGCAGAGGAAAACGAGGUGCUAAAAUACCCCUAUGAAACAGACGUGAAGAUAACUCUGGGAUCCCAGCCACCCUGUACCAAGGUGGAAGGCGGCCAGUUCUGGUUUGACGUCAGCCGGAAGGGGCUGUACCUGUGCGUCGGCAGCAGGUGGAUCUCAGUGCUGGCAGCCAAGGAGAGGCUGGACUAUGUGGAGGAACACCAGCGCCUGCCCACUCACUCAGAGACGCUUGGCCUGGAGGUGUUUCGCAUCCCCGAGGUGGGGCUCUUCGCGGCCGCCGCCAACCGGCAGGCCAAGUCAGCCAUCUACAAGUGGACGGACGGACGGUUCGAGACCUACCAGAGCAUCCGUACACACCAGGCUCAGUCCUGGAGCCAUUUCAGCAUCGGGAAGCAGAUCUUCCUGGCUGUGGCCAACUUCGCACCCAACGACCGGGGCCAGGAGUUCUCAGUCAUCUACAGGUGGAGCCCCCGGAGACGCAAGUUCACCCCAUACCAGCGCAUAAGCACCCACAGUGCCCGUGACUGGGAGGCGUUCCAGGUGGACGGCAAGCACUUCCUGGCUGUGGCUAACCACCGGGAAGGCGACAACCACAACAUUGACAGCGUCAUCUACAAGUGGAACCCCCGGACGCGGCUCUUCGAGGCCCACCAGAGCAUUGCCACGUCGGGCGCCUACGACUGGGAGUUCUUCACCGUGGGGCCCUACUCCUUCCUGGCCGUGGCCAACACCUUCAACGGCACCUCCACUAAGGUGCACUCCCACCUGUACAUCUGGCUCGUCGGCUCCUUCCAGCUCUUCCAGUCCUUCCUGACAUUCGGUGCUGCGGACUGGGAGGUCUUCCACAUUGGGGAGCGACUGUUCCUUGCCGUCGCCAACAGUCAAAGCUAUGACGUGGAGACGCAGGUGCAGAACGACGCCUACGUCAUCAACUCGGUCAUCUACGAGCUGAAUGUCACCGCACAGACCUUUGUCAAGUUUCAGGACAUCCCCACCUGCAGCGCCCUGGACUGGGAGUUCUUCUCGGUGGGAGAAGAUUAUUUCCUGGUGGUCGCUAACUCCUUUGAUGGGAGCACCUUCCUGGUGGACAGUGUCGUGUACAGGUGGCAGGGCUACGAGGGCUUCGUGGCCGCCCACAGCCUGCCCACCUUCGGCUGCCGGGACUGGGAGGCCUUCAGCACGCCCGCGGGCUCCUACCUCAUCUACUCCAGCGCCAAGGAGCCCCUGUCCAGGGUGCUGCGACUCAGGACCCGCUGA